UAUUAAAUAGAAGGGGUUAACGUAAGGCAGCAACAAGCCUCUAGCCCACUGCCCUCACCCAUAAAUCCCUGUUUUUAGGUACAAAAAAGAGAGAUUUUUUUAAGUUUUCAAUAAUAGAGAUAGUAGCAAAGAAGAAGAAAAAUGUGGGAAUCGAUCUGUUUAACAUUGGCCGCUACCGCUGGUAAUAACAUAGGCAAAGUUCUACAAAAGAAGGGCACCGGUAUUCUCCCUCCUCUCUCCUUCAAGUUCAAGGUGAUAAGAGCAUAUGCUGUUAAUAAAUCAUGGCUGGUUGGGUUUCUGAUCGAUAUAUCCGGUGCCUUGUUGAUGCUGAGAGCUUUAUCGUUGGCUCCGGUAUCUGUCAUUCAACCAGUUUCUGGCUGUGGACUUGCCAUUCUUUCAAUCUUUUCACACUUCUAUCUACAAGAAGUCAUGAAUGUUAUUGACUGGUUGGGGAUUACAUUAGCUGGCAUUGGCACCAUAGGAGUUGGUGCUGGUGGAGAGGAGCAAGUGGCUUCUUCAGUAUCUAUUUUACAGUUACCAUGGUUGGCAUUCUUUGUCGUAAUCUUGUUUGUACUCCUGAAUGGGUGGCUUCGCAUCUGCAAGCGUCAGCGGAGAGAGCAAGAGCUGAUGGAGUAUGAGGUUGUUGAAGAGAUCAUAUAUGGCUUGGAAUCAGGAAUUUUGUUUGGAAUGGCAUCGGUGAUAUCAAAGAUAGGAUUUGUCUUCGUGCAGCAGGGCUUUUCCAAAAUGUUGAUUCCUCUAUGUGUCUCAAUCAGUAUAUGUUGUAGUGGUACUGGAUUUUACUACCAGACUCGCGGCUUGAAGCAUGGUAGAGCAAUUGUGAUAUCCACUUGUGCUGCUGUGGCAUCAAUUGUGACUGGUGUACUGGCUGGUAUGCUCGCAUUGGGUGAACGGUUACCUUCAGCACCAGUUGCUCGUCUUUCUCUUCUGCUUGGAUGGUUAUUUAUCAUGAUGGGUGUGAUCUUGCUUGUGAGCUCGACGAGACUGAUGCGGCACCUUCCAUGGCCAUUGCAGAACUUAAUACCAAGUGGAGCAGACCGGAAUUUCAGUCUGAGGAAAACAGGGUCUCAUCGAGUCAAGGAUCCUAGCCCAGCUGCUGUUAUCCCAGCAGCAACAUUGCACCAUCUGAUACCAACACCGGCUAAGGAGAAGGCAUAGGCAAAGGAUGCAAAAGAUCACUGCAUAAGCAGACGAAUAUGACAAUCUCCGAUCAACUUUUGAGUCUUCAGUCUGGGUACUGUUUCCAUUUCGGAGGGCAUGAAAUUUUUUAAGAUCACUCUCCCACUGAUCUGUUUGACAUUAUUGACAUUAUAACGUUUGAAAAUUGUAAAAUAUUACCAUUCUAAAAUUACUAUAAUACAAUAUACUUAGUUUCUUGCAA